AUGAGAAUAGCCGUCCCGCCAACAGGUCCGCUCGUGUUGAGAUCACAGGUCAGCCUCCCAUCCUUGCACAGAUCUCCCUUCAUUUCCCUCCAUUUUGUUCCUCUUGCUGCAGACGGCUGGUGCUUGCCGUUACCCUGGUGGGAUGUCCGAGGAGCUCCGCAGCCACACCAUAUGGGACCAGGAGUGGGAGCCUGCACUGGAAGAGCCAAGCUCUCGCCGCCUGAGGGAGCUGCUCGGGGCCCAGGGCUGCUCCAAGGUCCAGAUGUACAGCGAUGGUGGCAGCUAUCCUGCCACCAUGGAUCUUGCGGCCGGAGCCGCCUGCCGCACCAUCACAUCGGCUGACGAUGUCACUCGUCUGUGUCAAGAAGGGGCCGACGCGGAUGCGGCCCUUGAGGUGCACCUGGCGUCCCGUCGAGUGCCGCCUGUUGGGUUGCUGUCCUUGGUCAUCAUCGACGCCAUCAUCAUCCGCAACACCGACACGCGUCUGACCCUCCCUCUGUGGCCAUCUCGCGAGCUGCAGCAGGCGGUCCUCGAAGCACUCAUCGAUGCCGGGGCCGAUGCCAACCGUCGGCCGGGUGAAGGUUUUCGGCCUCUGCCGGCGGCCCGCUCGCGUGCCAACGCCACGGCCGUCGAUGCACUGCUCAGGGCUGGUGCGGUCACCCAAGGGAUGUACCUGGCUUUCCUCCCAAACCAGCCAUACCUUCCGUCCCCUCCAUGCCCCCAGUACGAGGCCGACCUGCUGAAGGCGUACCGUCGUCUGCUUCAACAUGAUCCCACACUUGCAAGUGAAGAGUUCCGCGACGGCGAGCACACGCUGACCCCCAUCCACACGUCCGGGAUGGCGGAGGGCUUGAUGUCGGCGGAGUUCCUGCGCUCCUUCCUCACCCUGCUGGCCGAGCACGGCGUUUCCAUCACGGCCAGGAAUGGUGAUAGCUAUACGCCCCUCGGCAGCGCCGUGCUCGCGGGUGCGCCGUGUGUGGUGGAGUGGCUGUGCCAGCGUCUCGGGAGGGAGGAGACCAACAAGAGGCAGCACACAGACGCAGAGGGCAUCUCGCUGCUGGAGUAUGCUGGGCAUUUCCUGUCCUGCCAUCUGAGAGACAAGGCGGCACAGGAGACGGUCGACAGGGCCAGGCAGGUGAUCCGCACACUCCUGCGGCACGGUGCGGACAUCCAGCUGAUGGGGACCACCACACCACACCGGCGCUUCGUCCGCAAACUCGUGCAGGACAUCGGCAAGGAGAUGAACCAGCCGAGCGCCCCACCACAGCAGCAGCAGAAGCAGCAGCAGCAGCAGCAGCAGGAGAGUGGUGCCGCCAAGGCCGCCAAGAUCGCCGCGAAGCUCAUCAGGGAGGAGGCUAGGGAGAAGGUCAAGAAAGCCAAGAGAGGCGGCAAGAAGGGCGGCAAGGGCGGCGGACACCCGCAGCAGCACGAGCAGCAGCAGCACGGGCAGCAGCAGCAGUCAGUGUCAAUGGAGUGUGAGGUGGUUGAUGACGAGGGACCAAGCAGGUGGGCUGACCCAUACACCCACGAGUGGCCGUCAGAUGGGCAGGGAGGACUUGUGUUCUGUCGGUCUGUCUGUCUGUCUGUCUUCAGUGUGGCUACUGGUGAGGUCGAAACCGACGCAGACGAGCAGCCGCCCUCCACCUCAUCUGCCGACCCACAAUCGUAACCACACACAGCCACAGUGAAGACGGCCUCAUUGCCUCACUGACACGCUCUCUCCCUCUCCCUUGUGUGUCUGUGCAGUGCUGCCCCUUCACCGUCGUGUGAUGUUUCAUCUGCCGUCCCUGCCCCCGCCACUUCGCCUGUCGAUCGUGAGGACAGCGAUGGAGAGUUCGUGCCCGUCGUCAGGGGUCGUAAGAAACCAAACAAGAAGGCACGCCCACACCUACAGUCCGACCAACAAGAGCCGGCCCCACACGCCAGCAUGCACCUGUGACCCAAACACAGCCGCUCAAGUAAGCCGAAUACCAUAGUCACUCGAAUGGCUGCCCACUCCAUGUGUGCGUACGUGUGUGUGUGGUGUAGUACUGGUGGUGGGCCUUUCUCAUCUUGUGCUGUACGGCGGCCUCCUGCCGGCCGUGGGCUGGGCGCUCACAUACCCACCCAAACACGCGCACACCGGUACGCACACACUCAAAGAGAGAUAUAUGUGCAUCAUCUGUAUGUCAUGUGUGCAUCGUGUUUGUGUGUCAGCGGCCCCCCGCCUCUCGUCCCGAUGGCUGCUGUGCGGCCGUCGAUCAGCGCCUCGGCAUUGCCCCCCCGACCACAGCACCCCCCUCCCCGCGGGCUUGUGCGCCCACUCGCCGCAUCUGUGCGUCAGGGUGCCGAUCGACCAGCAGCAUCGCCCAGCUGCAAUGACACCAACACAGCAUUGGCACACCGGACGCCCGUACCGGCCGGCAGCAGCUCACACGCAGCGGAUGGACAGAGAGGGCGCUGUGGCGGGGCACAGGGCGGAUUUGGGACGACCACUGAUGGUGCUGCCGAGCAUCUGGUGGGUCAACUGAGCCAACAGGAUCAGGAGAACGACGCGUUGAUACGGCAGCUGCAAGAGGCCCAAUGGAAGUGAGCGAAUCGACAUGGAACGACAUCCAUCCAUCCAUCCGUCCUUCCAUCCAUCCAUCCGUCCAUCCAUCCAUCCGUCCAUGCAUCCAUCCAUCCAUAUGUCUCCCUCCCCGUGUGUGACACUACCCCUCAGGCUUGCCCAGGCCACCUCAGCAUCUUCCAGCAGUGUGGAUGAGGUUCUCCUGUGCGACGUCUGCAUGGACAACUACAAGUCCAUCCUGCUCAUCCCAUGUGUAAGCACACACAAACACUCUCUUUGUAUGGGCGUUAUCGUCUCAUGUUUCUUUGUUGCCCAUGCACGUGUGGAUGCAGCGCCACAUCUGUCUGUGUGGUGGGUGUGCUGGCGUGUUGAUGAGCGGUCCCCCGGCCGACCGAUCCUGCCCGAGGUGCCGACAGCAUAUCACAGACACGCAGCAGGUGUACUUGUGAGAGAAGCGAAGCGGAUGGCGGGGAGGGAGAGAGGGAGCCGGAGAAGGGAAGUGUUUUGGUGGUUGUAGCGUAUCUCAUGUGUCAGGAGCACUCUCGUGUGAGUAGAUGUCUUGUUCCCUCAUUGCCAAUUCACUCUCAUGUGCCUGUUUACCGUCUGUAUGGGGGCGUGACUCAGCUGUAUCUAGCUAGCUGUUUAUCGAUCUGUGUACUCUGUGUGUAUUUGUACGUAUGCAUCGCAUCGCGCGACGAAAACUGGUAUGUGCUAGCGUGUCUUGGUUGUCGACUUAGCCUGCUCUUAUGCGACGUGGUGCAGUAGGUAGAGAUCGAUCAUAGGUCCUUGGAUUUUGCAACACAUGCCUUGCCACAAAUGUCAUGAUGUGCACUGAGUGCAUCGCUCUACUCGACCCCGUGCUGUCUGCCCUUGCCCCUCACUUCCUCUAGCAGUCGAUCGGCGUCGCUGCUGCUUUCACAAAACCAACCUUCCCGUUCACCUACCCACGCACAUGCUACCCUCACCCUGCGUGUUCAGAUAUUUGUGUCUCGCUCACUCAUCACAUACAAACGACUAAAGAUAGACUGUAGGCAGCUGUAUUCUGCCUGCCAUGUUUGUCUGCAUGACGUCAGCUCACCCAUCAAGUCAGUCGUUCGGCACAUGCACUCGGACUGAGACACAAGGCAGGAAGGAAGCUCAGACUCAACCACUCCACCCACCGGCCAGAAAAGGCACGACCCACCCACAGGCACACCAAGCAAGGGAAUGGGAUGAGAGAGAACAGCUGUGGGUCUCAUACUUGCAUUCUUCGUCUUGUGAAUGCAUGGCUGAACGCUGUCAGUGUCUCUGCUGGGUGGGGGAUCUCUCUCGUGUGCUGCCAUGAAGAACGGAAGACGAUCGAUCGAUGAAUUGAUUCAUCAUCAACAAUGG